AUGAACCACACGUGGAUCUCUAUUCUGUUCGCGUUCGUCGCGAUAUACGGGGUGAAAUCCUCCUCGAACACGUCGGAGAUUCCCGUGCAGGAUCUUCUCGGGGAUCAACGAACAAGGACAUUGGUGGAUGUUGACCGGAUCCCGGACAGAAAUUGGACCACGCUGACGGAGACGCUGGACAUCUUCAACGUGCGUUAUCUUGCCAACAAUUGGACCGAUGGGUGGCAUCCCGUGGAGGAGCAAUGCGGCAAAGACAUCACGCGAUACAUCCAGGGACUGAAGAGACACGAGGGAUGGGCCCUGAAAGCGGAUGACUCGUCGGGCCGAUACACGAACAGUUUCUUUUGGGGGAAUUCGUACUACGUUGGAUCCUCGACCGAGUGUAUUUAUAUUAACGAGGAUUAUGGACGAAAGAUCAAGCAAACGGUUAAGGAAACAGGGACGGAGGAGGUGGAGGAAUUCAAUACGGAACCGCGGAGAAAGAACGCCGGUCCCAGCGCGAACAACCUUUGGACCGAGUCGGCUAUGAUCAAACCGCCGUACAAACUUGGAUUUUAUAUGAUGACGAUAUCGUUGAACGCUACCUUGUCGCCGGUGACAAGGACAAUUUAUAUGGGAGUGUGUUUACCCUUCUCGUGCUCCGCCUCUGAUGUCUCUGUAAUAGCGAGGCUUGCGGCGAGCGAUUUCGCAGGGAGACACUCGUCCAUUGAAAAGAUACGCGACCAACACGAUAUGUACGACAUGUACGAAGAUCCCAUGUUCUGGAUGUUAUUUGGCGCCACCGCUGCGGUAUUCUUUCUGAUGGCGCUCGGUUCCGGAUACGACAUCUACGUGACACGGAAAUAUACUCGAAGGAACAUGAUUUACGAUUUAGAGAGGCACGCGAAGCUCGAGCAACUGACCGGCAGAAGUCAGAAAUCGUUAAGUGCUUUUCAAGGUAAGGUCUACCUUCCUGUUCCAGCGGCUGAAGCUAUAAUCGGCGGGUCACAGACGUUGGCGAUCAACAACAAUAAUGAUCACGAAGGUAGCCUACGAUCCACCACACCGGAGGUGCAUAAAUUCAGCGUGAUCGAGGAAUUGCUGCUAUCUUUCUCGGUUCCGGGGAACGUGAAAAUCAUCUGCGACGGCAAAGUCGGCGGAGACACGAUCAGCACCAUCCACGGUCUCAGGGUGAUAUCGAUGGCCUGGGUGAUACUCGGGCAUACGUGCAUCACCGCGUUCAAAUAUUCCGACAACAUGGAGUAUCGUAAAGUCGUAGAGAGGAAGUUCCUCUUUCAAACGAUCUCGAACGGAGCGUUCAGUGUGGACACGUUCUUCUUCAUGGGCGGAUUGCUCGUCAGCUUCCUGUUCUUCCGUACGAACGCGAAGGGAGAGCUGAAGACGCUGACACAGGGUACAAGGGGUUUCGUUUCAGGAAGUCUGAAAUUCAUCGGUCUGCUCAUCUACCGAUUUUGUAGACUCACCGCCCCGUACAUGUUCGUACUAGGCGUAGUUCAGGUCGCGAUGAAAUGGUUCCAUUCGAACUCUGUGUUCGAGCCACCGACCGCAGACCAUUAUAACUGCCAAAAUUAUUGGUGGAGGAACUUACUUUAUAUCAAUACAUUGUUCCCGGUCGACCAAAUGUGCAUGAUAUGGAGCUGGUACGUCGCGGACGACACUCAAUUUUAUGUCAUCGGCGCUGUGAUAUUGGUCUUAGCGACGAACCACUUCAAAAUCGCAACGUUCUUGCUGAGCGCGUUGUUGCUCAGCUCCUGGAUGACAACGGGUUACAUCGCUCUAGUGAAUAAUCACAUGCCGAGCUCCGAUGACCCGUUAGCGCUUUUCGAUAAAAUCUACGACAAACCAUGGACCAGAUUGGGACCGUAUCUAAUAGGCAUGGCGAUGGGCUAUUUCCUCUUCAAGACUGAUUGCAAAAUAAAAAUGACCAAGACGACAGUCUGCGUCGGCUGGCUUUUCUCUUCGGCCUGUCUACUGAGUUUGUUGUACGGGUUGUACGAAGCAGAGCUGAGCCCCCUGAUGGCGGCCGCUUAUUCGUCUUUGAGUCACAGUGUCUGGGCACUUGGUUUAUCGUGGAUCGUGCUUGCAUGUAGCACGGGCUACGGAGGAUAUGUCAAUAGCAUUCUGUCAGCACCGAUACUGUAUCCGGUCAGUAGAAUAACAUACUGCGCCUACUUGAUACAUCCGCUCGUGAUUCGGCUAACAGCUUUGAACCUCGAUUCGCCGUUUCACUUAGGGAAAUAUACUAUGGUGAUCACAUUCCUUGGGCAACUGGUGCUAUCCUAUUUAUUAUCCUUCAUCAUAUCGUUAUCGUUCGAAGCUCCUAUAGUGAGUAUGCUGAAGAUACUUUCACCGAAAAAACGGAAACGCAUACAAUGA